AUGAUGUUGAAUAAAGAAAAACUUGUGGGAGUAGGCCUCAUAACCCUCCUCCAUCUCUGCUUCUUUUCCGUCUGCGUUGCCGGCCAAAACCAGCCCUGCAGGCCUUCUUCUUGCGGGGAUAUGCUGAACAUCAGCGACCCUUUCCGGUUAAAAGGCGACCCAUCUGGCUGUGGGGAUAGUCGGUAUGAAUUGGCUUGUGAAAACAAUCGUACCAUUCUCAAUCUGUAUCGUGGGAAAUACUAUGUCGAGGAGAUUAACUACCAAAACUAUAGUAUCCGGGUGGUGGAUCCUGGGCUGAAGAAGGGAAACUGUUUGUCCACUCCUCUCUAUCACUUGACUCCUGAGAACUUCAGCUAUGAUCAUCCGUACGCCUGGCCUUACGAUUGGGGAUUCAGAACGACAGUCUUGAUGAGCUGCUCGAGGCCGAUCAGCGACGACAAAUUCAUUCCCAUCACUUCUUGCAAUAGUACUAAUGGCACAACCUCUUCCUCCUCACAGCCUUAUCAUUAUGCGCUAAGUGGAGAUGGAGAAUCCCUGCAGGUGGGCGAUCUCCCGGGCUCAUGCACUAUAGGAAAGUCAAUAUUUUCCAAGCUGGGGGCAGCUUCAGAGCCCGGAAACCGGUCAAUGUCGAGCCUCCAAGAUCAGCUUCUUCUGGGGAUUGAGCUUUCGUUUCUGCAAAUCCAGUGCAUCAGAGAAUGUAGGGUGAAAGGGCAAAGCUGCUACAUGGAUUACACUGUCAACUCAGUGAAAUGCGAUGACCCGAAUUCAUGCAAGGAUUUGAGUGAUGACUGCUACAAACCAAUCUGGCUUAAGGGUUUGAUCAUCAUCCUCCAGAUCAUCUUUGCUUCAAUUUACACUCCGAUCAUUGGAAUUUUAGGAAGAGCUUUACUUGGGGUGGUGCUUUCCUAUGGAAUCUACAAGCUUCGACAAAGGCACAUAUCAAAGCAUGAUACUACUAAAGAAAUCCCAUGA